GGCAGAUCUAGACGAGUUCACAGACCGCAGGGCCAGCUAAGAGAGAGAAAAACCAAACAUCAGUGCUGUUCAUUGACAAACUAACAGGAAGCACAUACAGUUACAUGUUUGAAAGAGGAAGUGUUGGUGGAUGACAGAAGCCUACCCCAUCCUCCUGCGGCUCCACGUAAAGCUCAUCUCCAAUUCGGGACAAGGAGUGGACAGCUUUGGCCAACACUUCACCGUUCAAAUAAGACAGGGUAUUGAAGCCAAACCACUGGCAUACCAGUCGUAGCUGAAGAAGAUGGGCAUGUCUUGCUAACUGAGAUGUCUCAAGCACAUAAUCCAAGAGACAACCAGGCCUUACUGCAGUCCAUGUUGCAGAGGCUGAAGCUUCAAGCUGGGACCACAAAUAUUCAGUCUGGACAAAAUACAACAGAGGGACAAAGCAUACACAGUUUAACAAAAGUCAAUAAUAACCCUAUUAAUGGAUUUGAAGUGACAGAUGACAAAAAAACAGAGUUUACUGUGAAUGGAAAACUGCUGGAUCUUGACCGUUCCUCUGAAGACAGUGGAGCCUCUUGUCACUGUCAGGAGGGUGGACAGGGCUCCCAAACUGGGCAGUGCUUUUUACCAAAAUCUGUUUAUGCUGCUGUUACUCCAGUUUCCUCAAAAGGAAGUUUUAACUUUUCCAAUUCUGAAACAAAUGACAUAUCUCAGAGUCGAAGCACAGAACAAAAGAAGGACCAGGACAGUGGCUUUGUGCCUAAAGUGUAUGGAUGGUCCAUACAGAACACAGAGACCCAAAAUAAUAAAGUGUCAAUUGAGGGAGUAUUUGGAGCGACCGGACAAAAUACAAAGACUGCAACUAACCACCAAAAUACCACAAACAGAAAACAACGAUCAUCUGAAAAUAAAACUUAUAAAUGGACUCAGAAAAUCAAGGAGAAGUGGAGAGAGAGACCAGGUAGUUUUGGGAAAAAAGAUAGACUUGGUGACAAGCCUACACAAGAGAAUUCACCUCAACAGCAACUCAUCCAUUUUAAUCUGCCUUCAAUAGAAGAGUCCAGAGGCACCCCCACACUUGACGACAGAACGGAUCAUGUUCAAAUUCAGACGUCAAAUGGCAAUGAUGAAAGCAUGAGAUCUACAUCUGAGUUUGAUCUUGGCCUUGGCUCAUUCAGUCUACUGGAUGAAAUUGUCAGUGGUCGAGAAUGGGCCAAGUUCUUAAAUCCAGGUAUCUCUGUAUCAGUUCAAGGUGCACCAUCACAAGAGACUAUGAAUCAAAACUUAAACAAUUAUCAUGUUGAAAAAUCUGAAAUUAAGUCGGUGUUGAAUGAACGCAAUGUUGGAACUAACACAAAUAUCUAUGGGAAAAGAGAGGCAUCAAACAGAGACAUUGCCAUGACGCAGGUGUCUCCUGACCCUCCAUUACACAUCAGCAUGGAUAUAACAGAGAAGGCACAAAUGCAGUCAGAGCCAAUGGAUCAUUGGCAAAGCCAAUCAGACAUGCAAGUUACAGCCAGUGUUGAGCAGCCACAGCAACAACAUGCUACGGAGUCGAUGAGUGCAGUGGAUAAUUCUUUGCUGAGAAGCAGCAGGAAGAGACAGCACCAGUCAUAUGAAAGCAUGCAAACAAAGUUCCAAAGAAUUGUAAUUAAUGGGAAUGACCCUGCAGAUGAUGAAUCUGUAUUUUUACCAAAUAACCAUGUGAUGGACAGCAUAGAUGGGAGACCCACAUCUUUUUUUCCAUCCACGACCAAACCUUGUGUACCCAUUCCUCGAGGUGUUCUCAAAUCAACACUUUCCAUGGAAACUGUAAUCAAAAGGCGACGCGUGGAUGUGACCCGGCACGUGCGCUUCUCAGAGGAGAUCAUUUCUAUUGAGCCUCCGGAGUUGACACCAGAUAUGUUUGAGUCAGAGGAGGAAGAAGAGGAACAGGAGGGACAGGAGGAAGACGAGGAAGACGAGGAAGAGGACUCUCUCAUAGAGGAGGGCAGUGAGGAGCACUCAGAGCCAGUACUCUUAGCACCAGUCAGACCCAAGGAGGUGGCACCAUCCCGACGACCUACGCUACCCGCCUGGAUACGGGCAUUCAAAAGAAACAAUCUAAGAAAAAAGCACAGAAAGUGACAGUUCUGCAUGAACGCCCCUUUGUAAGUAUGUAAAGCUUUAGAAUAAAGCCCAUUAUGAUGUGAAUAGUCCAGGUGUUUUUGUUAUUACAGGUGCAUUAUGUAACUUAUGGUUAUUGCUUUACCUUCACUGUUUCACACUAUGGCAUUAAACAUUGUUAGAAUUAACUUGAUGUUUUUAGCAAUAAAACACCUGUUAGGUGUUUCAGUGUAAGGUAGAUCAGUUUAAUGUCAUACUGUGAAACAUUCCAGGCUCAUCAGUAACAUGGUCAUGGAGACAGAAGGUGGUAGAACCUCUGCCAGGAAAGGUACAAAGUGCACCUUUAAAGCAUUACUUCAUCUUAUAGACCUGUUUCAUAAACAUCUAUGCAAAAUUAUAUCAGUGAAGGGGAAUGUUUGUAUUUGUUCUUUAAAAUAUUGUUCAUUAUGUAUAAUUUAACCCAUUUUUACAGUUACAAUUAUUCUAAAGUAUUACCAUAUAAUGUAGUCACCUCCACACAAAUCACUCUGUUCAGUGAAAGAAAUGGAAUAAAAGCUAUUUAAUGGAUGCAAGGAAACUCUUUUUUUAAGGAUAGAUAUAAUGCAUUGUGUUCAUUUCUUUGAUUGAAUUUAGUGUCUUUUGUAGAGCUUUCAUCUGUUGUAGUCUUUACCACUUUACCACUGAAGUUAUUAGUGCCUUGAACAAAAGUGGGCAAAAAGUAUUAAGGGUAUAGAAUCUGUAGAAUUUAAUGGAUAUGUGUAAAACAUUAAAUAUAUAACCACUGCUAUAAGGCAUAUUAUUAGCUUAUCUAUUUUCAUGUAUAGGCAGUACAUCAAGGCGACAUGAGAAACAUUCAGUUAGUUAAAUGCAACAUUUAAUUUAUUUCCACUUUGUAAAUGAUUAAUGUUUGUGUCUCAAGCCUACGUUUUGAUAUGGCUGUACAAUAUAUUAUAAAAUAAAUAUUUUGAGUAUUUUCA